AGAAUUAAGGGGUGUGUCUCGAGGAUGUCUCUUGUCUUCCAGGAAUCAACUGUAUGCCACCAAGGUCUAUCAGGCGUGGAUCUUCUGAACUCAACUUCUAAUCAAUUCAAAUCUUGCACAAGUUCGGAUAGCGUUUAUUUGAAGCUAUGAGCAGUCCACUGAGUGACCAUGAAAAGAGAAAACAGAUCAGCGUGCGUGGCAUUGCAGGGUUGGGCGAUGUCAUAGAAAUCAAGAAAAGUUUCAACAGGCAUCUUCACUUCACUCUAGUCAAAGAUCGCAAUGUAGCCACCCCUCGGGAUUACUACUUCGCCCUGGCUCACACAGUCAGGGACCACCUCGUUGGGAGAUGGAUCCGCACUCAGCAAUAUUAUUAUGAGAAAGAUCCAAAGGUAAAGGGGAAAGCAUCUCCCUGAAAUUAUACAGGAAAUGUAUGGGAUUAGGAUUCCUUGUUACUUUGUUGCACAUGCAAUGUGUCCAAUUUGAAAUCGGUGAUUAUUUGUAGACUUGGCCUGCUCUCCAUGCAAGUUUCUAUUUGAUUAUUCUCAGAUAGCCUGUAUCUGUAGAAGAGGAUACCCAGUUUACCGAAAUGACAGAUGUUUCCAUAGACUGAAUUAAAAAGAAUUGUCAUUUGUUCAAAUUGUUUCCGCUUCCUAGUGGUGGCUGCAACCUGGUGUCAGAGCAUUUCGUAUUAUUCUGUACGUAAAUCCGAGACACUCCAUUUAGUGUAGGUUACUUUUCGUAUUGUAUGUAUUAAUUUGUGGAUGUCCAUCUCCCAUUUCGUAUGAUAUGUUACGAAUUACAAUUCAUAUUAUAUGUUACAAAUUUGUGAAAAAUAUAUGCUACGAAUUCUAGCAUGGUGGCUAACAUUAGCUAGCUGGUUAAGGUUACGUUUAGGAGUUAGGUUAAAGGGGAAGGUUAGCUAACAUGCUAAGUAGUUGCAAAGUAGCUAAAAAGUAGUAAGUGAUUGAAAAGUGACUAAAAUGCUCAAGUUAUCCAUGAUGAGAUUCGAACUCGCAGCCAUGCACCCCGACCAACCACCCUAAUUUCGUUUUUGACUUAAGUAACCAUCUGUUUUAUGUAACCAUAUCAAACGUAACAAAUCCUACUAAUUUGAGUGUCCCGGAUUUACAUUUACUAUGUUACGUCUAGUCUAUGAGACCAGGCUGAGUGGUAAUUUAACACCAGUGACUAUCUACUUUCGGGCAUUAGGCUACCAAUAGCAUAGAUCUCAAGAACCCAAGUGGGGUAUACCCAGUUCACAGCCGGUCCCCCUUGGGUUCUCAGCUGAUGGUACUGAUAUCAGCCGGCUCCCUUGUGAAGUACAAUCCCGAUGCUCUGUCUAAACGCAAAUACGCCUCACUUGCGAUACGGUUUUGGGAACCUAACUUUCAUAGCGAUAAAUAAUAUUUCAAAUACAAAAUAUACACUUACUGUGCGAAGCAACACAUUGCGCUGGCAUUUCCAUUGGACCAUUCCAUUCCACAUGUCCUGUGUUUCUCAAAAUACAGCCGGGUGCAACUUUCCUAAACAGCGUACAGUAAAAGUGUAUAUUUUGUAUUUGAACAAUUAUUUAUUGCUUAUAAGAAAGUUAAAUUCCAAAUGUUUCAGAAACUGUAUCACGUGCGAGGCAUAUUUGCGUUUAGACAGAGCAUUGGAGCGUCGGUGAAAUAUAGCCUAGUUAUCUUUACUCAUUGUGUAUUUAUUCCUCAUGUUAUUGUUUUUCUAUUAUUUCACUUUUUUUCUCUCUGCAUUGUUGGGAAGUAAGUAAGCAUUUCACUGUUAGUCUACACCUGUUGUUUGCGAAGCAUGUGACAUCACAUUUGAUUUGAUCCCCUCAGGCAGCAGACAGCUUUGUGAAUAGACUGUAUAAUGUUUAAUAACAUGUACCGUCUAUUUGAAUGGGAUACCAAUAGCCUACGUACUCCAAUAUUCUGUACAGUAUCCUGGAUCAUUAAAACAAGACUACAGAGGAAGUGUUUUUUUUAAAUCAGUAUCUAAAUUUUGUCUGGCAAUAGUGAAAGAGCCAUGGGCCAGACAGCAUUUGGUUUGUCUUCUUUUUUCAGUUUAGUUGUUUAUGAAUAUUUUUAUAAAUGUAGCUAGAGGUUGUCCAUGUUUUAUUGUGGUCAUACCCAUUUUACACAUGUCUGUGCAUGAACAUGCUGGAAACCUGCCAGAUAUUGUGUAACAGGCAUCACAGAGUAAUGGGCCAGAAAAUUAUUCUCUACAUUCACUUUUCAACAGGCUAAACAUGGUCUGCAGCAGUAUUCCUUUUUACUUGGAAAGGGAAUGAUCUGAAUUCAGAGUGCACUGCAUUGAUUGCUCAAUCAGUAAAAGAGCAGCUGCAGUGGGGACAAAGCACUGGGCUCCAGCCAAACCUAAAGAUCCCAGCAGCAUAAUGUAAUGUCCGCUCUACCAAAGGAUUCUACCAAUGCACGUGACGUGAGACAAUGACCAAUUCCAGACCUUAAGGGCAGGGUGAUGGCUUUGAAUGAGUAACAGAAAAUACCUGUUGGCUUUUCAAUUUCUUAAUGUUCAGAGCUAAAUUCUUGCAUACAGUAUAUCCUCAUUCCAUUCAUUGUGUGGAACUAAACUAAACGGUCCUUAAUCAGAGUUAAUGACUUUUUUCUCUCCGUCUUCCUCCUGCUCUGGCAACAUCAAGCUGACACAUGCCUUGGCAUAACUUUGCAUUGGUUGUGAUUCUGAACAGUGCCAAUGACCUGAUGGUAUUUCUUCUUCUCUGGGGGGUGGUGAGGGUGGUGGUGAAGGACUGAGGGGGAAUAGUCGGAGCGGUAAAUAUUGUGAGAUGCAUUAGGUUACAAGUGACAGAGUGCUGAGCAGAGGGUCUGCAGUACUGUGUGCUGGUGAUUUAUGAUGUCAUGUUAACCCAACUUUGCUCAAGUCUUUAGCACAGAUUCUUCAGCUUCCAAUGAUCUCAAGUUGAGUAGCACCACUGAAUGACAGGUCACAAAUCAGUUUUGCUACAGUUUUGUUUCAGUGUCAUUGUGCCUACAGUAUAUUUUUUUCCAAACAGUUUCUUUGGCUGUCUACAUAUCUCUGAAAUUCUGAAACCCAUCUAUGUCAUCUUCAGAGGAUCCACUAUCUAUCAUUGGAGUUUUACAUGGGCCGGACCCUUCAGAACACCAUGAUCAACCUGGGCCUGCAGAAUGCCUGCGAUGAAGCCAUCUACCAGGUAAAACAAUACACCAGUGUCAUUUUUUAAACCUGUACCUCCUGCCAUACAAUCAGGAUGAAGAUGUGGGCCUCAAACUCCCCACGUAUCCAGCCCUAGUCCAGAAUCAGACCUGACUUUGUCUGCUUGGUUUGUGUGGUGGGCUUAUUAGUGUCUCUCCCAGGUACAAUGCUUUCAUCACCAGUGUCACAGUCCAGCUCCAGCACUGAAGCUCACUCUGUUCUGACUGGGAGGGGGGGCCAUAUUACCAUUCAUCCAAUACAUGUUUUAUAAGGCCUCCCUUUGUGUUAGCUUUCAAUGGGGAUUUAAAGAGAUUCUCCUGUAUUUUUUAAAUACUUUUUAGCCAGUAGUUCUCAAAGUAGUGCUCUAGAGCUGAAAAGUGUUCCCUGAAAAUGGUGUACUACGUCACGUGCAGAUAUGUGCACCACAUCAAUGCGCGCUAUUGCUCUGCUGUGUGUGCAUUUUGCUAGCUGUCACUCAAAUGUCGAGGGGCUGAAGCUCAUUGGCUAGAACUCGAACUGCUAGAGGGCUGGCCUACGUGGGGGGACAUUUGGGGGAAAUGAUGCAGCACAACUUCCAGAAAAACAGUUGCUUUUCAACUAGGGAUUUCGUGGCUAUUUAAAUUUGAAGUAAGACAGUAAUUCUGCUCAUAUAUUAUGCAUGUAUGAACUACACAUUGACACAUCCAGCCCAAAGUGGGAGGUUUCAAAAAUACUUAGUAGUCGCCAAAGUUCCGGAGCAUGUCUUUAAUGCUAGUAGCUGUAACCUUAUUUCUCAUGAUGAAGGUGCCCUUGCUAGUGAUGUUUUGGAGACUAUCAGUACAGGCAGACUGUUUACAGGAGGCUACCUGCCCCAGUAUCUGAACGUUAGAGAUGUCAACGAUGAGUAUGACCUGUCUCUUCUCUAAAGCCUUGGAAGCUCCGAUUCAAACUCCCAUUACACAGCUCUGCAAGCGUUAUAAUGUCAGAAAUGUGUUAGUUAUUCACCAAAUAUGGAUUUUUGCUGAGCAACUAUCUUCAUUUACCCCUGUUAUGGCCAGUAUGUACUUCCAAAAUAGGUCUAAAUAAAAAUGUACAAGCAACUAAAUGACUAAAAUGUAAAUGUACAAGCAACCAAAAAAAUGCCCAUUCGGCACUUCCAAUGUAAAUCACUCAUUACUGCCACACACAGCUCGGAAGUCUACAACAGCUCAAUACAUUGGAAGUGCCGAAGAGGAUUUUUUUCUUUUGCUUGUACAUUUUUAUUUAGACCUUUUUUGGAAGUACAUACCGGCCGUAACGGGAGUAAAUUAAUAUAGUUGCUCAGCAAAACUCCAUAUUUGGUGAGUAACUAACAUUUUGACAUUAUAACGCUCGCAGAGCUGUCUAAUGGGAGUUUGAAUCGGAGCCUCUUGGGCGAUAGAGAGGAGAGCCGUCAUACUCAUUGUUGACAGCUCUAACUCACAGAUACUGAGGCAGAGGCUACCAUGCACCAUGCUACCAUGCAUUCUCACGUCACCCCGCUCCUCCGCACACUCCACUGGCUUCCAGUUGAAGCUCGCAUCUGCUACAAGACCAUGGUGCUUGCCUACGGAGCUGUGAGGGGAACGGCACCUCCGUACCUUCAGUCUCUGAUCAGUCCCUACACCCAAAUGAGGGCAUUGCGUUCAUCCACCUCUGGCCUGCUGGUCCCCCUACCUCUGUGGAAGCACAGUUCCCGCUCAGCCCAGUCAAAACUGUUCGCUGCUCUGGCACCCCAAUGGUGGAACAAGCUCCCUCACGACGCCAGGACAUCGGAGUCACUCACCACCUUCCGGAGACACUUGAAACCCCACCUCUUUAAGGAAUACCUGGGAUAGGAUAAAGUAAACCUUCUAACCCCCCUUACCCCCCCCAAAAAAAAAAAAAAAAACAUAUUGUGAAGUGUUUGUCCCACUGGCUAUAAGGUGAAUGCACCAAUUUGUAAGUCGCUCUGGAUAAGAGCGUCUGCUAAAUGACAUAAAUGUAAAUGUAAAAUGUAAAUAUAGUUUCUCAGUCUAAUAUCUUAUCCUUUCCACUAAUGAUCUUCAGCAGCCUCUUAUCUCUAGACCUAGCCUAUAUGGUCUCCUCAAAAGCAACAUGGGAUUUAGACCGAAGGUACAGUAUCUGUAGCUUUUAACAAUCUUCUUGUUCAGAAUUGGACAGUGCACCCUUUUCUUUGCACUAAGUUAAGAUAGAAUCACAGUAUGAAAGAGAAGGCAUCAUCACAGCCUGCAUGAGUGCGGUCUGUUGGCCACGUUGCGUAGACGAGUAGGCCUAGAUUGAGAGAGUCAACAGCAGUCCGUUCUCACUCAGCAGAGAAAACGUAGAGAAAUGCAGACCUAUAUUUGUUUUAUUUCCUCAUUGUUCUUCACCAGAACACAAUCUACCAGGAACAUCAUGUUACAAGUGUAUGAUUAAAAAGAUAAAACACACGCUCCCUCUCACACACUGCUGUGUCUGUAUUGCUUAAAUUCAAACCUUAAAAUAGUAGGCUUAUAUUAGGACUCCUUGUGCUUUUAGUUUCUACAAUACAGACAAGGGUUACUCAAGUUCAUGUCAAACUCUAUUUGCACCUGAUGCUGAUGUAUGCUUGGGGCUGUAUAGGAGAUGUUUCUAAUGAGUUCUCUCUGUUGACCAGCUGGGCUUGGACAUAGAGGAGCUGGAGGAGAUAGAGGAGGAUGCUGGGUUGGGGAACGGGGGACUGGGCCGCCUUGCAGGUAAGGCAUCAAACACUCUUUGUCACAAAUGCCUUGUGACACUCAGACAUUCUAACAUGAUCUGUGUAAACUCAAACAUCCACCCAAUGCAGACAAAUGUAAUUAGAGCAUACCAUAAGAAAUGGACCUUCACACAUUCCUCCAUUUCAGCUUGUUUCCUGGACUCCAUGGCCUCUCUAGGCCUGGCAGCCUAUGGCUAUGGCAUCCGCUAUGAGUUUGGCAUCUUUAACCAGAAGAUCUCCAAUGGCUGGCAGGUAAUGGAGCAUGGCAUUCUUGGUCACAUUUAGAGGUUAUUGUAAUAAUGCGUCCAUACAGAUUUUUCCCUUCUCAGGUGGAGGAGGCUGAUGAUUGGCUGCGGUAUGGGAACCCGUGGGAGAAGGCUCGUCCAGAGUACAUGCUCCCUGUGCAUUUCUAUGGCCGAGUGGAACACACAGCAGAAGGAGUAAAGUGGGUGGACACCCAGGUGAGUCUGUUCACCAGACACGUACACAUGCACGCACAAGCAAGAACACAUACACCAUGUGUUUACAGACAAGCAUUUGAAUCGAUCAGCAUUUCUCUUCUUCUAAUUCUCUGCUUCCCAUCUCCUUUCUCCUAAUACUUAAUUUUUUGUUCCCUAGGUUGUCCUGGCCAUGCCUUAUGACACUCCUGUGCCUGGAUUCAAGAACAACACAGUUAACACCAUGAGACUGUGGUCUGCUAAGGCACCCAUUGACUUCAAUCUGCAGGAAUGUACGUGUCCAUGCCCAUUUUUAUCAUACACUACUCAGAAACUAUAAUCCAACUGUAGCUGAUACACUCCGGUGCCUAAAAGACACCCUGCUAGGCCUGUGUUAAGAACACACUAGUCACAAUUGAUAAUGGCAGUUAUAUUGCUGUCUAUGGGAGCUAAUUCAUCUCUAGAGAACUGUGGUAUGUAGACCUUGACCUCUCCUACGCCCCUCAAGCUCCCACAAACCCUCAGCCCAGCCUUGAACAGUGAGUACAGUUUUGCACAGAUAGACAUUUUUUGAGUUUCUAAGGAUCUAUUUACGGAAAAUACAUCCAGAUUUUUCUUUGUAUAAUAUUUGUUAUUACUUACAAAGCCAUCUGGCCUGCAAGAGUUAGCUGUUUGGGCCUUAUUCUUCAACCAGUUGUAGUUCUUCUCUUGUUCUGGCCGCUUGUUUUCUCCUCCUAUAUGGCAAGUGGACAGAGAGCCAGGGAAAUGACGCUAAAAUGAGCUGAGGUCAAGUCCAGUCAGGCCAAAAUUAAUGGGUAUUUAUGCAAAGAGUGGCAAUGGGGGAGUUGGUUACCUUAGAAAAAGUAGCUGUUUGGAAUACAAAGUGUUGUCCCCUGUACCAACACAAUGCCAUUGCCCCAUUGGUGGGGAGGGGAGAGGGCAGCCUGCCAACGUUACCCAUGGAUACAACCCUCUUAGGACAUGGAGCUUAGGACGCUUUCUAUGCUGACGAUUUCCAGGAACUCUCUCUACUGUUGUGCAGAAAAUACUUAAUGAAGUUGGCCACGCUCAGACUAAAUAAAUUCAACACUGGAUCCCAUUUCAAAUGCUGUGACAUUACAUAAUACUAAGACGGGGUGCCAUUCUCCUACUGAGGUGUGUGGUCUUCCAAGCUGUAUUUAGAUGAGCCUGAGAGGCAGGUUUGGUUGAUUUAAUGUUUACCAUGCAAGCAUGUGAAGCCAUGAGAAACAACAGGGUCACUGGGUUCAUGUAAUCGAUGAGUGGUUACAGCAAGGGACAAACGUAAGUCGCCUCUCUAGUGACCACUUAGAUGUCAGUCUGAAUUAAGCAUCAGAUUAAACUUUUUUUUCAACCACUACUCAAUUGCUUUAGGGUCAGUUAAAAAAACCAUGUUUCAAAGUGUGGUUUACAUUCUGGAUGCUGUUUAUAAUGUGUACCUAUACUGCUCAGCUACAGCAAUACCCACAACAAUCAAGCUGCCUAAAGCCAGUGAAGAAGAGAUCAUCCUCGUCCUCGACAGAUUGCUGAUGUAUAAUCAAAAUACUGUAUAAUCGAAAUGUUCCCCUCUCUCUCGUGCAGUCAAUGUUGGUGACUACAUUGAAGCUGUGUUGGACCGCAACCUGGCUGAGAACAUCUCACGAGUCCUCUAUCCCAACGACAAUGUGAGUAUCUACAGUGCAUUCGGAAAGUGUUCAGACCACUUGACCUUUUCCACAUUUUGUUAUGUUACAGCCGUAUGCUAAAAUUGAUUAAAUUGUUAUUUUCUUUGAAUCAAUCUACACAAUACCCCAUAAUGACUACGCAAAAUCAGGUUUCUAUAAAUGUUUGCCAAAACAAUACUGAAAAAUCAAAUUUGCAUAAGUAUUCAGACCCUUUACUCAGUACCUUUUGGCAGUGACUACAGCCUCGAUUCGUCUUGGGCAUGAUGCUACAAGCUUGACACACCUGUAUUUGGGGAGUUUCUCAAUUUUUCUCUGCAGACCCUCUCAAGCUCUGUCAGGUUGGAUGGGGAGCGUCGCUGCACAGCUAUUUUCAGGUCUCUCCAGAGAUGUUCGAUCGGUUUCAAGUCUGGGCUCUGGCUGGGCCACUCAACGACAUUCAGAGACUUUGUUUCUUGGUUUCAUCAGACCAGAGAAUCUUGUUUCUCAUGGUCUGAGAGUCCUUUAGGUGCCUUUUGGCUAACUCCAAGUGGGCUGUCAUGUGCCUUUUACUGAGGAGUGGCUUCCAUCUGGCCACUCUACCAUAAAGGCCUGAUUGGUGGAGUGAUGCAGAGAUGGUUGUCCUUCUGGAAGGUUCUCCCAUCUCCAGAGGAGGUACUCUGGAGCUCUGUCAGAGUGACCAUCGGGUUCUUGGUCACCUCCCUGACCAAGGCUCUUCUCCUCCGAUUGCUCAGUUUGGCCAGGUGGCCAGCUCUAGGAAGAGUCUUGGUGGUUCCAAACUUCUUCCAUUUAAGAAUGAUGGAGGCCACUGUGUUCUUGGGAACCUUCAAUGCUGCAGAAAUAUUUCGGUACCCUUCCCCAGAUCUUUGCCUCGACACAAUCCUGUCUCGGAGCUCUAUGGACAAUCCCUUCUACCUCAUGGCUUGGUUUUUGCUCUGACAUGCACUGUCAGCUGUGGGACAUUAUAUAGACAGGUGUGUGCCUUUCCAACAUUAUAUAGACAGGUGUGUGCCUUUCCAAAUCAUGUCCAAUCAAUUGAAUUUACGACAGGUGGACUCCAAUCAAGUUGUAGAAACAUCUCAAGGAUGAUCAAUGGAAACAGGAUGCACCUGAGCUCAAUUUCGAGUCUCAUAGCAAAGGGUCUGAAUACUUAUGUAAAUAAGGUAUUUAUGUUUUUUAUUUUAAAUACAGUUGCAAAAAUUUAGAAAAACCUGUUUUCGCUUUGUCGUUAUGGGUUAUUGUGUUUAGAUUGAUGAGGAAAACAUUUUAUUUAAUACAUUUUAGAAUAAGGCUGUAAUGUAACAAAAUGUGGAAAAAGUAAAGGGGUCUGAAUACUUUCCGAAUGCGCUGUAUGUAACCCUUAUGGAGUAGAGAGACCAUUCUGCAAGUGCUCAAAGUGGAAAUGACCAGCAAUAGUGUGUGUGAGAAAGAUAUUCACUAGGCCACAUGGGGGCGUUCUCUCCAGUCAUGACCUAAUAAGGUCAUCAGGGAUGUGUUGCUCUGGUGGUGUGCCUUAACCUUAGUACAGCAUUCAGCACAAUCUCCUCAGUGCUGCAGACUCCAAUGUGUAACAUGAAGCACGUCAGCUGUUCAAGUUAGGAUGAGGAAACCGCAAGGUUGCUCAACAUGUACUGAGAAUGGUAUUACUCAAGAUGCAUGUAGAUGUGUGUAGUAUAGUUAGUAUUGAUGGAGCAGAGGUCUAUGCCUGCCCCAGUUUGUUCCUGAAUAAAUAAAAGCAGCAUUUGGUAAAAGUUGGAUCCACCUGCGCCAUUCAUACAUACUCCUGCUGAAUCUGACAUGGGAGUGUGAUACAUUGCAUUUGGAAAGUAUUCAGACCCUUUCACUUUUUCCACAUUUUGUUACAUUACAGCCUUAUUCAAAAAUUGAUGAAAUUUAUUUUUUUACUCAUCAAUCUACACACAAUACCCCAUAAUGACAAAGCGAAAAAAGGUUGUUAGAAAUGUUUGCACAUUUAUAAAAAAUACAAAACAGAAAUACCUUAUUUAAGUAUUCAGACUUUUUGAUAUGAGACUUGAAAUUGAGCUCUGGUGUAUCCUGUUUCCAUUGAUCAUCCUUGACAUAUUUCUACAACUUGAUUGUAGUCCACCUGUGGUAAAUGAAAUAGAUUGGACAUGAGUUGGAAAGGCACACAUCUGUCUGUAUAAGGUCCCACAGUUGACAGUGCAUGUCAGAGCAAAAACCAAGCCAUGAGGUAGAAGGAAUUGUUCGUAGAGCUCCGAGACAGGAUCGUGUCGAGGCACAGAUCUGGGGAAGGGUACCAAAACAUUUCUGCAGCAUUGACGGUCCCCAAGAACCCAGUGUCUUCCAUCAUUCUUAAAUGGAAGACGUUUGGAACCACCAAGACUCUUCCUAGAGCUGGCCGCCCGGCCACACUGAGCAAUCGGGGGAGAAGGGCCUUGGUCAGGGUGGUGACCAAGAACCCGAUGGUCACUCUGACAGAGCUCCAGAGUACCCCCUCUGGAGAUGGGAGAACCUUGUAGAAGGACAAACAUCUCUGCAGCACUCCACCAAUCAGGCCUUUAUGGUAGAGUGGCCAGACGGAAGCCACUCCUCAGUAAAAGGCACAUGACAGCCCACUUGGAGUUAGCCAAAAGGCACCUAAAGGACUCUCAGACCAUGAGAAACAAGAUUCUCUGGUCUGAUGAAACCAAGAUUGAACUCUUUGGCCUGAAUGCCAAGCGUCACGUCUGGAGGAAACCAGCCACCGCUCAUCACCGGGCCAAUACCAUCCCUACGGUGAAGCAUGGUGGUGGCAGCAUCAUCCUGUGGGGAUGUUUUUCAGCGGCAGGGACAGGGGAGACUAGUCAGGAUCGAGGGAAAGAUGAACGGAGCAAAGUACAGAGAGAUCCAUGAUGAAAACCUGCUCCAGAGUGCUCAUUACAUCGGACUGGGGCGAAGGUUCACCUUCCAACAGGACAACGACCCUAAGCACACAGCCAAGACAACGCAGGAUUGACAAGUCUCUGAAUCUCCUUGAGUGGCCCAGCCAGAGCCCAGACUUGAACCCGAUCGAACAUAGAGCUUAAGAGGAUCUGCAGAGAAGAAUGGGAGAAACUCUCCAAAUUCAGGUGUCCCAAGAAGACUCAAGGCUGUAAUCGCUGCCAAAGGUGCUUCAACAAAGUACUUAGUAAAGGGUCUUAUGUAAAUGUGAUAUUUCAGUUCUUUCUUUUUAAUACAUUUGCAAAAAUGUCUAAAAACCUGUUUUUGGUUUGUCAUUAUGGGGUAUUGUGUGUAGAUUUAUGAGGGGAAAAAAACAAUUUAAUCAAUUUUAGAAUAAGGCUGUAACGUAACAAAAUUUGGAAAACGUGAAGGAGUCUGAAUACUUUCCGAAUGCAUUGUAUGUACGAUUUAUUUAUAAGCAUUUCACUGCACCUGCGAUAACAUCUGCAAAUCUGUGUACGGAUUCAAUACAUUUUGAUAAAUUGUCCGACGCUAAACUGAUGCUAGGUAUUCACUACAUGGGGCCAACUUGCCCUUGAGUGAUUGCUUUGAGAAUAGACUCAGUGUUAUAAUUCUAAAGUGUAUGUGUGUGUUCAGUUCUUCGAGGGCAAGGAGCUACGUCUGAAGCAGGAGUAUUUUGUGGUGGCUGCCACACUGCAGGACAUCAUCCGCCGCUUCAAGUCCUCCAAGUUUGGCUGCAGAGACCCCGUCAGGACCUCCUUCGAGACCUUCCCAGAGAAGGUACUGUAUUUCACUAUAUCCAAUGUGAGCAGUCAAUUGGUUUCUUUCAAAAACCCAACCUUAUUGCUGUUCCUCAAAUCCCAUACACAAAAACCUUUAAUAUUAUGCAUUUUACAAUUUAGUACAACCACUAAACCAUGGCCAUGACUGACACACUCUCUCCUCUCUCCAUCCACUGGUAGGUGGCCAUCCAGCUGAAUGACACCCACCCUGCCUUGGCCAUCCCUGAGCUGAUGAGGAUCCUAGUGGAUGUGGAGAAGUUGGACUGGGACAAGGUAUAGUAUUCUCCCAGGCUAGGGUUGAAUGGCGGGAACCCAGUUACCGAGAUUUACCGCCCAAAACCACUCUCUUUACCCGGGAUAAAUAACUGCGAGAAACCAGUAAAUUAUAAUAAAUUAUUUAUAUCAACAGCAUGACGUAAAAUGGAACUGUUAAACUAUAUGUCUUAAUCUUGCCUCUGCGGUCUUCUCUCUGCAUGAUCAAUCAUCAACGCUCAUGUUGACAGCCCAUCUCAGUAUGGAUUGCAGUUCAAAAUGCAUGUAGACCUAUCAUCUCAUCAUGUUUGUCUUGUGACAGGUAGGUCUACAUUUGCUGCAGCAUAGCCUAUGCUACAGUAAUAUAAGGACCGAAUGCACGUCUAAUUUACACAUCUCCAUCUGGCUUUCGGGUCAUUUUUAAAAUUUAUUUUAAAGAUAUAUAUUGUUUUUAAUUGCAGCUGCAGAGUUUUAAAACAGCCUAUGACUCGAAUAUUGUUGCAUUAAAUUAGAGCAUGCGUGAGCAGUCUUUAUCUCUCUCCAUCAAUUCCAUUCAAAUUGCAUCCAAAAUAGAUAAUCCUGUUCAAGAUUGAGAUGUGUGUGUGUAUAUAUAUAUAUAUAUAUAUAUAUAUAUGUCCUAGCCUACCUCUUUCAGGUAAUACAUUCAAUGCAGUAUUAGCCUUAUAUUUAGCUAAUGAAUGAUGGGUUAUGCAUAAUAAACUUCUAACUUACAGCCUCUUUCUCUUUCACAAUACGCACGCACCUGUGCACCGCUGGCCUCUCUCCUUAACAAACGCUCCUUAGCUCUUGGAGUCCCAUGCAGGAAAAGCUAAACUAGAAUAGCUUGCUGGAUAUUUUUUUGUUGCAUUUCUUAUACCGAUAGACUAUUCAUAGAGAAUGUGGGAUGGCGGUAGGCUAUAGCAGUCAUUUUUUCAGACCCAUAACCAUUCGAUCUUAUUGAAGAGAAGUAAAAGCCUUCUGCAUCUAAUUCUAGACUUAUAGUACUCAAGGAUGUCAUUCGAAUGAUGAAGAUAAGGACAACGAAACUUAUUUCAUUUAACUGUUGAAAGCAAAGAAGGAAUGAAGCAACAAUAGAGAGAGAAAGAGGAGGUAGGCUAAUAACAUUAGGGGAAAUAUUAUGGAAGGUAUAUAUGUGUCAGCCUACUAAUUAUACAAAUAGGCCCUAUUAUGUUUCAAAAUUAAAAUCCGAUUCACUAGCCUAUACUUGUAACUUUGUAGGCUACCGCCAUCCCGCAUGUGCUGCACCAGAAUCGCAUGUUCUCGCAGCUUUAUCAUGGUUUGAACGAUGUGUGUAAUUCCAGUCAUAUAAUACUAUAUAAUACAAUACAGUACAGUAAUAGAGGAGCUUGUUUUAUUUAUUUACAGUAGCGGUGCGUGGGUAAAAUCACUGGGGAAGCCAGAAAGAAAAAGCCAUAUUACAACCUAUAUGUUGUGAUAAUUGCGUUGUUUGCUCUAUAACCUGUUAGUUCAUAUGCCUUGCGACCGUGAUAUAUAGGCCUAAAGGCCGAGACAAUAAGAAGACACAGUGGCAGAAUAAAUUCAACCACACCUUUGUUUCAUCACAAAACCGGAGAGCAGUGUGAUACAGUGACAACUAAAAGAUACCAAAAACGAUUUAGUCCAAUCAACGUAAGCUAAAUAUAAUGUGGCUAUCCAUGGUUCUGAUCUCUGUGUGAGUAUGUGUGUGCACGUUCGUGCAAGUAGAAAAAAUAUGUUGACUCGCCCUACUUGUAGAGAAACGCCAAUGCCACCCUCCUCUCUUUUAUGUUGACGAAACGGUCUAUCACACUGUCAUACAGUACAUGCUUUUAUUUUCUGUUGUCCUAGGCUACCUGGCUAAAAUGCUUGCUUGCUAGCCUAACUUCCUGUCAUGGGCAACACUAGCUAGUUAACGUUAGCCUUCUACAUAUAGAACUUCCAUCCUCUCAGGCCAGAGGCACAAUAUAUGAAUUAAUGGUUGGAUCAGAAUCGCAGUUAAAAUCAUUGGCCAGUACAGAGAAUUAAGUAAAACCACAAGUCCAAAUCCCUAUCUUCAUCCAUAGCUAAUUUAGGAAAGGGACAAUUUUAGCUAGCUAGCUAGCCACUGGAGGACAACAACACAACGAGAUGCAACAAUUCAAGUUGUUUCUGUCAAUGACGUAUGCUCUCAAUGCGAUUUGAUAGGAGUGACGCCAAAUCCAAACUGGCUUCCCUAAAUACAAUUUUUUGGUGCGCCAGGACCAUUCACAGUUGAGCUCAUUCAGUUUAGCUCAAGGCUGAUUGGAUAUUAUUGUAUAGUUUUUUUAAAUCAAGGAAGGCCAAAUGCUUGCUGGCUUUCCUUGCAUUUGCAUUCAAUGCUAUGGGCAGCAACAAUGUCAUAGUCGUUUGGACCAGACCGCAUCAGAUAGAUGCCUACACAUACAGAGACAGAGGUGCUGUUUAGUUCGCUUGGAUUCGCUGAGAUGCAUUCAGCCUCUUGCGAAUCAAAGGAAAAUUAUGAAACACAGAGAGAUGAAAGAUAAAAUAAUUUAUUUGUUAUUUCUUGGUAAAAUUUUUUGGGGAGCCUGGCUUCCCUUGGCACCCAUGAAUACACACCACUGUUUAUUUACCCAAGAGAGCAUAUAGCUAGCUACAUCUAUGGGCUUUUAUGUUUUUCUGUUGUGCGUAAUGCGCAGUAGCCUAUAUAUCAUAUAUGUAUUGGAUAACGGCACAAUCAUUUGGGCUUUUUUGGGGCUUGGGAUUUUUAAAUGUAUUUUUAAUGUAGGGCUCAUAAAAUGUAUUUAAUGUAGGGGUCAUCAGGCUCAGGUAGCAUCAGCCUUGAAUUUUUGAUCAAAGCUCUAAUCAAAUGCAGACAUAGGCCUAUUUAUAUGCUUUUGAAUGACAUUUCCAGUUUUGGCGGGAAAUACCAGGUUACCCGGGAGAAAAGUGAUUUUAUUCUCGGGAUGGAACAUUUGGAAAAUACUGGGAAAAUGUUCAACCCUAUCCCAGGCCUGGCACUCACUAUGACAGUCAGACACACUGUAACUAGUGAGUGCUGUGUAGAUGGUAGGACUGUGUAGAUGGUAGGACUGUGUAGAUGGUAGGACUGUGUAGAUGGUAGGACUGUGUAGAUGGUAGGACUGUGUAGAUGGUAGGACUGUGUAGAUGGUAGGACUGUGUAGGUGUGGGACUGUGUCCCAGUAUGAACUCUGGUUGAUCUGGAAACCAGAGCUGUUAUGGGGCAGCAUUGUUUGAGGAGGGUUGCUUUGCCAAGUCAUCGUGAAGUGGUAACUGAUAUCCAAUAUGGAUGGUGUUAAGAGAUAGAUGGGAGGUGUUGAAUGGAGCUGAAGGAUGGGACUAAAAACAACUAAUAACAACAACUAAUAACAACAAGAUAACUAAUGUAAAGCAUACUGUGUCCAUAAUAAGUAUAUAGGUUAUAGGUUGAGAGCUUUUUUGAAAGAGCACAGUUAGAAAGAUAUGGCAUAUAGAAGCAAACCGGAUGGACAUCAUGAAAAUGAUCGGAGAGGUUGAGGGUAGAGGAAGUUCAGGAGUAAAAACAAACAAAAUAGAAUUAUUGUAAAAUUGACUGUGUCCAUAAAAUGUAUAUAGUAUGUAUAAGCUGGAAGUAGAGGCCUAAGCGUUGUUGUUCACUAGUUUACUCCAAUUAGGGAAGGGGUGGUGGGGUUGGAAAGUAAUAAAGGGAAAUAUAUUUUUUAAAAGGAUAUGUGUGUAUAUAUAUAUAUAUAUAUAUAUAUAUAUAUAUAUAUAUAUAUAUAUAUAUAUAUAUAUAUAUAUAUAUAUAUAUAUAUAUGUAUGCAUAUGUAUUUAUAUAUAGGUGUGUGUGUGUAUGUACAGUUGAAGCCGGAAGUUUACAUACACUUAGGUAAUUAAAACUCGUUUUUCAACCACUCCACAAAUUUCUUGUUAACAAACUAUAGUUUUGGCAAGUCGGUUAGGACAUCUACUUUGUGCAUGACACAAGUCAUUUUUCCAACAAUUGUUUACAGACAGAUUAUUUCACUUAUAAUUCACUGUAUCACAAUUCCAGUGGGUCAGAAGUUUACAUACACUAAGUUGACUGUGCCUUUAAACAGCUUGGACAAUUCCUGAAAAUGAUGUCAUGGCUUUAGAAGCUUCUGAUAUGCUAAUUGACAUCAUUUGAGUCAAUUUGAGGUGUACCUGUGGAUGUAUUUCAAGGCCUACCUUCAAACUCAGUGCCUCUUUGCUUGACAUCAUGGGAAAAUCUAAAGAAAUCAGCCAAGACCUCAGAAAAACAAUUGUAGACCUCCACAAGUCUGGUUCAUCCUUGGGAGCAAUUUCCAAACGCCUGAAGGUACCACGUUCAUCUGUACAAACAAUAGUACGCAAGUAUAAACACCAUGGGACCACGCAGCCGUCAUACCGCUCAGGAAGGAGACGCGUUCUGUCUCCUAGAGAUUAACAUACUUUGGUGCAAAAAGUGCAAAUCAAUCCCAGAACAACAGCAAAGGACCUUAUGAAGAUGCUGGAGGAAACAGGUACAAAACUAUCUAUAUCCAAAGUAAAACGAGUCCUAAUCUCAGCAAAAAAAGAAACGUCCCUUUUUCAUGACCCUGUCUUUCAAAGAUAAUUCGUAAAAAUCAAAAUAACUUCACAGAUCUUCAUUGUAAAGGGUUUAAACACUGUUUCCCAUGCUUGUUCAAUGAACCAUAAACAAUUAAUUAACAUGCACCUGUGGAACGGUCAUUAAGACACUAACAGCUUACAGAUGGUAGGCAAGUAAGGUCACAGUUAUGAAAACUUAGGACACUAAAGAGGCCUUUCUACUGACUCUGAAAAACACCAAAAGAAAGAUGCCCAGGGUCCCUGCUCAUCUGCGUGAACGUGCCUUAGGCAUGCUGCAAGGAGGCAUGAGGACUGCAGAUGUGGCCAGGGCAAUAAAUUGCAAUGUCUGUACUGUGAGACAGCGCUACAGGGAGACAGGACGGACAGCUGAUCAUCUUCGCAGUGGCAGACCACGUGUAACCACCUGCACAGGAUUGGUACAUCUGAACAUCACACCUGCGGGACAGGUACAGGAUGGCAACAACAACUGCCCGAGUUACACCAGGAACGCACAAUCCCUCCAUCAGUGCUCAGACUGUCCGCAAUAGGCUGAACUGAGGGCUUGUAGGCCUGUUGUAAGGCAGGUCCUCACCAGACAUCACCGGCAACAAGGUCGCCUAUGGGCACAAACCCACCGUCGCUGGACCAGACAGGACUGGCAAAAAGUGCUCUUCACUGACGAGUCGCGGUUUUGUCUCACCAGGGGUGAUGGUCGGAUUUGCGUUUAUCGUCGAAGGAAUGAGCGUUACACCGAGGCCUGUACUCUGGAGCGGGAUCGAUUUGGAAGUGGAGGGUCCAUCAUGGUCUGGGGCGGUGUGUCACAGCAUCAUCGGACUGAGCUGGUUGUCAUUGCAAGCAAUCUCAACGCUGUGCAUUACAGGGAAGACAUCCUCCUCCCUCAUGUGGUACCCUUUCUGCAGGCUCAUUACAUUUACAUUUUAGUCAUUUAGCAGACGCUCUUAUCCAGAGCGACUUACAUUAUUAUUUUUUUAUACCCCCCGUGGGAAUCGAACCCACAACCCUGGCGUUGCAAACGCCAUGCUCUACCAACUGAGCUACAUCCCUGCCGGCCUUUCCCUCCCCUACCCUGGACAACGCUGGGCCAAUUGUGCGCCACCCCAUGGGUCUCCCGGUCGCGGCCGGCUAUGACAGAGCCUGGAUUCGAACCAGGAUCUCUAGUGACACAGCUAGCACUGCGAUGCAGUGUCUUAGACCACUGCGCCACUCGGGAGACUUAUCCUGACAUGACCCUCCAGCAUGACAAUGCCACCAGCCAUACUGCUUGUUCUGUGCGUGAUUUCCUGCAAGACAGGAAUGUCAGUGUUCUGCCAUGGCCAGCGAAGAGCCCGGAUCUCAACCCAUUGAGCACAUCUGGGACCUGUUGGAUUGGAGGGUGAGGGCUAGGGCCAUUCCCCCCAGAAAUGUCUGGGAACUUGCAGGUGCCUUGGUGGAAAAGUGGGGUAACAUCUCACAGCAAGAACUGGCAAAUCUGGUGCAGUCCAUGAGGAGGAGAUGCACUGCAGUACUUAAUGCAGCUGGUGUCCACACCAGAUACUUUUGAUUUUGACCCCCCCCCCCCCUUUGUUCAGGGACACAUUAUUCAAUUUCUGUUAGUCACAUGUCUGUGGAACUUGUUCAGUUUAUGUCUCAGUUGUUGAAUCUUGUUAUGUUCGUACAAAUAUUUACACAUGUUAAGUUUGCUGAAAAUAAACGCAGUUGACAGUGAGAGGACGUUUCCUUUUUUUUGCUGAGUUUAUAUCGACAUAACCUGAAAGGCCGCUCAGCAAGGAAGAAGCCACUGCUCCAAAACCGCCAUAAAAAAGCCAGACUACGGUUUGCAACUGCACAUGGGGACAAAGAUCGUUCUUUUAGGAGAAAUAUCCUCUGGUCUGAUGAAACAAAAAUAUAACCGUUUGGUCAUAAUGACCAUCGUUAUGUUUGGAGGAAAAGGGGGUGACUUGCAAGCCAAAGAACACCAUCCCAACCGUGAAGCACGAGGGUGGCAGCAUCAUGCUGUGGGGUGCUUUGCUGCAGGAGGGACUGGUGCACUUCACAAAAUAGAUGGCAUCAUGAGGAAGGAAAAUGAUGUGGAUAUAUUGAAGCAACAUCUCAAGACAUCAGUCAGGAAGUUAAAGCUUGGUCGCAAAUGGGUCUUCCAAAUGGACAAUGACCCCAAGCAUACUUCCAAAGUUGUGGCAAAAUGUCUUAAGGACAACAAAGUCAAGGUAUUGGAGUGGCCAUCACAAAGCCCUGACCUCAAUCCUAUAGAAAAUGUGUGGGCAGAACGGAAAAGCGUGUGCGAGCAAGGAGGCCUACAAACCUGACUCAGUUACACCAGCUCUGUCAGGAGGAAUGGGCCAAAAUUUACCCAACUUAUUGUGGGAAGCUUGUGGAAGGCUACCCGAAACGUUUGACCCAAGUUAAACAAUGUAAAGGCAAUGCUACCAAAUACUAAUUGAGUGUAUGUAAACUUCUGACCACUGGGAAUGUGAUGAAAUAAAUAAAAGCUGGAAAUAAAUCAUUCUCUCUACUAUUAUUCUGACAUUUCACAUUCUUAAAAUAAAGUGGUGAUCCUAACUGACCUAAGACAGGGAUUUUUUACUAGGAUUAAAUGUCAGGAAUUGUGAAAAACUGAGUUUAAAUGUAUUUGGCUAAGGUGUAUGUAAACUUCUGACUUCAACUGUAUGUAUGUAUAUGUAUAUAUAUGUAUGUGUGUGUGUAUGUAUGUAUGUAUGUAUGUAUGUAUGUAUGUAUGUAUGUAUGUAUAUAUAUAUUAUAUUAUAUUAUAUUUAUUUGCGAGGAAAAAAACAUAUGGGGGAUUGGAAGUGAUGCAGAGAAUUACAUUGAUGGAAGAUACAAUCUAUCUGCAAUAUUAAAGCUGAUCUACUGCCCCAAAAAAAAAGAAGGGAGAAAAAAAAAGAAAGUGGUAACUGAUCCAGUGUGUUGAGCUUGGGUGGAGCCUGGGUAUUGGGCAAUGCUUCCCUCCUCAGGGAAAACUUCCUUCUACUUGAAGAAAUAAUACAGUUGGCUAGAAAUCACAUUGAUUGAUAUAAAUGACAUCUGUUAUAUUCUACAGUACAAUCAAUUCCCAUCGUACCUGUAUAUGUACAUUAUUACAGUUAUUUAUCCUGUCAAAUCAACAACAAAAAUGGUGGUUAUUAACUGUGAUUCUGAUGCACUUCUAUUGUAUAAAGACAUUGUUGACCUGUGAUGCCUGUGCCUUUUCUCUUCUCUCCUUACUCCGUCCCCUGUUUGUUCCAGGCUUGGGAGGUGACAUGUCAGACCUGUGCCUACACCAACCACACUGUUCUGCCUGAGGCCCUGGAGCGCUGGCCUGUCAACCUGUUUGAGAAGCUGCUGCCUCGCCACCUGCAGAUCAUCUAUGAAAUCAACCACCUCCACCUCCAAGUAAGCUCUCCAUGUCCACUCGCUGUCUCGGGACAAGGCGGCUGAAUUCUGCUGCUCUGAAAUGGGAGAUGUUAUAAUUAAUCUCGACUUGGAACAUGUUUUUGAUACUGGGAGCUCAAACAAGCUUAUCCAGAAUGUAUUGAGUGUGUGGCUCUUUUUCUAUGCCCUCAAGGAUUGAGAUCAGUGUAACUUGACCUUUCUAGUAGUAACCAGCACACAAAUGCAAGUUUGGACUAUAUGUAUGUGCACUUGACUUUGUGAAUGCACACUUAUGAGUUGAUUCUCUGUGCCCUCUCAGAGGAUCGCUGCCAUGUUCCCAGGGGACAAUGACCGUCUGAGGAGGAUGUCCCUGAUCGAGGAGGGAGACCCCAAGAGGAUCAACAUGGCCCACUUGUGUGUGGUGGGCUCCCACGCUGUCAACGGGGUCGCCCGGAUCCACUCCGAAAUCGUCAAGAACACUGUGUUAGUGUUGCAUCUGAAUUCACGUUUGAUUAUUAAAUAAGUCUAACCAAAACAGGUGGUGAUGGUGGCUGCUUUGCAUGAAACAAUUUACAGGCAAACCUGGAUAAUUGUUUUAUUAGCUUUCCAGCUAUGUUGACAUUCCAGUCUGCAACAUUGCACUCCCGAGUGGCGCAGUGGUCUAAGGCACUGCAUUGCAGUGCUAGCUGUGCCACUAGAGAUUCUGGUUCGAAUCCAGGCUCUGUUGUAGCCGGCCGCGACCGGGAGACCCAUGGGGCGGCGCACAAUUGGCCCAGCGUCGUCCAGGGUAGGGGAGGGAAUGGCCGGCAGGGAUGUAGCUCAGUUGAUAGAGCAUGGCGUUUGCAACGCCAGGGUUGUGGGUUCGUUUCCCACGGGGGGCCAGUAUGAAAAAUAAAAAAAUUAUGUAUGCACUCACUUAACUGUAAGUCGCUCUGGAUAAGAGCGUCUGCUAAAUGACUAAAAUGUAAAAAUGUCUAUCAGAAAGACAUCCACUGACUGUGCAACACUGAACUUGUUGUGUGCCUGAUAUAUUCACUUGUUGUAUGCCUCUCCGUCCUCAGUUUCAAGGACUUCUAUGAGGUGGAGCCGGAGAAGUUCCAGAACAAGACCAAUGGUAUCACUCCUCGCCGCUGGCUGCUGCUGUGUAACCCAGGCCUGGCAGACCUCAUCACUGAGGUAACAGAUUUUACAGAGCUAGAGUACAGAGUACCUCUGAGUGUCUUUCCUUAUGGUGCUACCUGCUGGGGAAUUAACCUAAUUGUGGGUUAGUAGUCCUGCACACCCAAUUAACUCAUUACAACCCUUUGUUGUGUUGACACUGGUCAGUAUGUCCUUUUUCAAGACCACAAAAGUCUCUGCACACUGUAUAUGACUAUGGUAACUAUUUCAUGCUUUUUGUUUUCAUUGUAGAAAAUUGGAGACGAUUUCUUGAUGGACCUCUUCCAGCUGAGGAAACUACUGGACUUCAUUGAUGAAGAUGCUUUCAUUCGUGACAUCGCCAAUGUAAAACAGGUAGCUGCUCAUUCAGUUCCACAUUCUUAACAUCUCAACCCUUUAUUUAUUUUUCCCAAAAACAGAAUAAUGUAGAGUUGAUACAAUCUGGUAUCAUGUCUCCAGACUUGGGAAAGCCCUCUAAGUAUUUCUCCACCUUUAAAUCCCCCUCUGUGUGUUAUUACAGGAGAACAAGCAGAAGUUUGCAGCCUACCUGGAGAAGGAGUAUGAGGUGAAGAUCAACCCUGAGUCCAUCUUUGACAUCCAUGUGAAGAGAAUCCAUGAGUACAAGAGACAACUGCUCAACGUCCUCCACAUCAUCACCUUCUACAACCGUAAGAGCUCCUCCACACCUCAUAAUAUGGGUGCCAACAGAAAUCUCAUACUUCAAACAACUGCACAGUGGAGACUGUUUGCACAGCCAGCAUGUUCAGCAACCCAAGGUGCUCAGUGUUUUAAAAUCCCUAAUGAUUUAAAGCCAUUUAAAUAUUGACAUUUAAUUCAGCCAACUUCUAUUGAGUAAAUCAUUGGACAAAAAUCUAUGUUCAUUAGAACAUCAUGGUGGCAAUGAAAGCACAUUGCUGUUUGGAUAGUAAUCUCUCGUGACACUGUCAUUUGGUUCUGGGCUAUUUGGAUAGAGAUCCCAGUAGUAGGUGGACACUGCCCCCUGGCUGUGGAACAGUGAACUGAGCUGAGGGAAAUGGAGUAAAUUAUAAUAAUGAAGGAAAAGUAACUAAAAACUAUUUAUUUACAGGGAUUAAAAAGGACCCCUCUAAACACUUUGUUCCCAGGACUGUGAUAAUUGGAGGAAAGGUAUGUAGUUAGACAUCUGAGGUAUAUGACACAAUCAGUCACCAUGGAAAUAGUAUUUUGAUUAUGAAGAUAAAAUGUUAUAACUGGUCUGUUGAUUUGUUUGUAAGUGAUACUUUAUUCGAUGUAAGAUAAGUUAGUCAUUCAGACAUCAGAUAUUGUUUUUUCAAUAUCCAACUGUUGCCGCUGUCCUCUCUACCCAGGCUGCACCUGGCUACCACAUGGCCAAAAUGAUCAUCAAGCUGAUUACGGCAGUGGGCCAGGUGGUCAACAACAACCCGGUGGUGGGGGACAGGUUAAAGGUCAUCUACCUCGAGAACUACAGGGUCUCCCUAGCAGAGAAAGGUGAGAGGAUGGCUUCCUUUCCUCAUGUCCUCUCCUUUAUGACAAUCAAUAUGAAAGGGCUAGAUGGGUGUGAGGAAUAGGGUUCAAUCCUAUCCAGUCCUGUCCGCUAUCAUUGAAGGAAAGAGAGGCUACUGAGAAUGGAACCCGAAUCCUGUUUGUAUGGAGCUAUGGUUUGGACUGUGGAAAGUUCCCAUAUAAUAUCAGUUGUAUUAACGUCAAAAGGUUUUAAUGUUGUUCUACAGUAUGUCUAUAUGUUACUGGGUAGGAUAUACCUAGUAUGUUUGUUGUUAAGCCCCUCCCUCUCCCUGCUGUAUGUUCCAGUGAUCCCUGCAGCUGACUUAUCAGAGCAGAUCUCCACAGCGGGAACAGAGGCCUCUGGCACUGGCAACAUGAAGUUCAUGCUGAACGGAGCGCUCACCAUUGGCACCAUGGAUGGAGCCAACGUAGAGAUGGCUGAGGAGGCCGGAGAGGAGAACCUCUUCAUCUUCGGCAUGAGGGUGGAGGAUGUGGAUGCCAUGGACCAAACAGGGUGAGAAAGAGCUGACUGGAUUGGUGUGUCAGAAUGAAUGGGACUUGUCAUAGUCUUAGAAAUAAGAGACGCAGAGGAACGGCAAACGUGCUCUCUUACAAACUGGAAAGUAGACAUUUCCCUGUUCAUUUUAUAGGGAUAUUUCACCCAAAUUACUAAAUGACAAAUCGUUGUUGGUACCAAAAACCAAUAUGUAAUUUUGGUGAACUGUCAUUUUAACAGUCAAGAUCGCAUGGCAAAUAUUUACCCUGCAAUGUUAGCCAUCAUAUGGAUAACCUUGCAACCUUCAAACAAUGUAUCUGCCCAGGUACAACGCCAGGGAGUACUACGAGCGUCUACCAGAGCUGAGGCAGGUGAUUGAUCAGAUCCAAACUGGCUACUUCAGUCCCAAAGAGCAUGAGCUCUUCAAGGAUGUGGUGAACAUGCUGAUGAACCACGACAGGUAAGCAGAAUAACAGCAGUGUUGUUAACAUAUCAGUGUUAUUAGCAUAUUGUCAGCUCUUCAGAAUGCAAGGAUGAACUGACCCUGCUGCUGCUGUUAGCCCAUAGGGCAGGGUUCCCCACUGGUGCGCCGAAUUUGGCCAGUGGGUGAUUUUAUUUGGUCACCCCAAGUUUUCUGAGCAAAACAUCUAUUAAUUGUUGGACAUAAAAAGACUGUAAAAACACCAGAAAAUUCACUCCAAGUGAUUUUAAUUUUGUAAAUCUGUUCCAAAGUACUCCCACUCAUAAUAGAGAGAUGUAUGUGAUCGUAUACAAAUGUAAGCAAGGUUUGUAAUGUAUUGGUUUAGUCAAAUAUUAUAUCUGUUUGGGCUUCUUGCGUUCAAUUUGUAAUUAUGUUCCGGCCUACUGACCAUGCGCUCAAGAAAAAAAUUGGCCCGUGGCUGAAUCUAGUUGAUGAUCCCUGCCAUAGGGUACUUGAUCACUGUUUUAUUAUCUGAAAUGGAUGUGAUAUCUCUACGUUUAAAAGCCUAAGAACUAAUUUGUCACUCUGCCUCGCUUCCUCACCUCAGGUUCAAAGUGUUUGCUGACUAUGAGGCCUACAUCACUUGCCAAGAUAGAGUCAAUGAGCUAUACAAGGUGGGCUAUGUGUAAUGGAUUUCAUACUAUGAAAACAUUUCAGAAAGCAAGUUUUAAGAACAGUUCUUGUACACUUCUGUCUAUUUGAGCUUGUGAUGAGGUCUGGCCCUUACUUUGACAGUUUUAUUAAGUCCACCAGGGGAUGCUGUCGGAUAUGGCUCUGUCUACGUUCAUACCACCACACACUACAAAGCCAUCUGUCUCUCUACCAUUGGGAGGUCAGGGCAGUCAGCAUGUCACAUCUACCUGUCAGCAGCCCAGUCCUGUUGUUGGGUUACCAUCUCAUGUAUUUAGUCUCAUUGACAGCUGGGGCUCCUGUUGUGCUCUAUGGUUGAUUGGGUUGUCACAAAGUGUGCAACAAUUUACAGCAAACCCCAGCACCCCAUUAGCUGCUUCUAUUACCAGAUCCCCCUGUGGUUGAAUUACCGCAUCUGUUACACUUGUUUACACCUACAAUUGUCUGUGUACAAAACAAGAAGAAUGCAGUCGUUUGUGGCCUACAUUUUGAUUGUGAGCUUCCCAAUUGUUUUCAUUUCAGAACCCUAAAGAGUGGACAAGAACAGUGAUCCGAAACAUAGCUGGUUCCGGCAUGUUCUCCAGCGACCGAACCAUCAGCGAGUAUGCCCGGGAGAUCUGGGGCGUGGAGCCAUCUGAUGUGAAGAUCCCACCCCCCAACGAGCCCCCUGUUGAAUCCCGCAAAUGA